UAUAUUUUGAUGAUAACUUUCCUGCGGUCACACUAGCCCGAUUCUGAAAAGGAAUAUCUUAAUUUAUUUUGAGUAGCGUGAAUAUAUUUCGAAUAAUCCGAUCACAAUGACUGCCUGGAGAGCUGCCGGAAUUACCUACAUCCAAUAUUCCAACAUCGCCGCUCGCGUUCUGCGGGAAUCCCUGAAAGGACCCCUGCGUGCCGAUGCCGCCAAGCGCGACGCGAGUCAUGUGAAAUUCACUCCCUGGGCAAAUGGCAAGCCAGCACAUGAAAGGACUUAGUUGUUUUGUCGACAAUUUAAUAAGUUAAAAACUGGCAGCGCCAAACCAGCCAAUAGGAAUCCUAGAUGCUUUGCAGUGGUCCCCCAAGCAUGAUCUGCAACAAUUAACAUCUACCAUCGUUGCAAUGUUGUAAAAUCAUCAAA